AUGGACUUCGAGCAACUUCUCAAUCUCUUCGAUUCAUUCUGGUUCGAGCAUGAAAUCUUCAACAAACACCCUUUUCCAUCAAAUCCCCAAAACCCACAACCUGAAAAUCAAGACAACUCAUUACCAAAAGAACCUUUCAUCGUCCCAAGGCUUCGCACAAGGUCCAUAAGCGAAGAUUUAAGCUCAAAAUUAAGCUUUAUGUCCAAUUCCAAUUCACCCGAUUCAGUUCUAUUUUCUCCAAAGCUUCAAACGAUUUUUUCCAGCAAAGAUAUCGCAGGAGCAGAGUCACCAGAGAACAGCCGGAAGGUGGGAAUUGAGCGGCGGCCAAAAACAGAGUCGCGGAGGAAGCUUAGAGGGAGAAGAAUGAGGCGGUCGGAAAGUAGGAGCCUUUCGGAGCUGGAAUUUGAGGAGUUAAAAGGGUUUAUGGAUUUGGGAUUUGUAUUUUCAGAAGAGGAUAAAGGUUCGAGCUUGGCGUCGAUAGUUCCGGGAUUGAACAGGCUAGGAAAAACGGAAGAGGAAGACAUUGAAGAAGAAGAAGAAAGAAAGUUGGGUGGUGAAAUUUCGAGGCCUUAUCUUUCAGAAGCUUGGGAAGCUAUGGAGGAAGAAGAAGAGGAAUUGAAGAACCCAUUGACGAUGAAAUGGAAGUUUCCUUCUAAUCAGAUUGAUAUGAAAGAUAAUCUCAAAUGGUGGGCUCAUGCUGUUGCUUCUACCGUUAGAUGA